AAAGCUACACUAAUCAUCAGUAGACUCUAAGCCACCGCCAGAACUCAGCUCUCUGUUCUAAAGCAAUAGCCGAGAAGGGCAAGAAAAAGAUAACCAUGAUGAAGUUGAAGGUGGAUCUUGAUUGUGCCAAGUGUUACAAGAAGGUCAAGAAGGUUCUCUGCAAGAUCCCUCAAAUCAGAGACCAAUGGUUCGAUGAAAAGUCCAACAUAGUCAUCAUCAAGGUGGUUUGCUGCAGCCCUGAGAGGAUCAUGGACAAACUCUGUUCCAAAGGUGGCGGCUCUAUCAAGACCAUCGAGAUCAUCGAGCAACCCAAGCCUCCUCAGCCUCAGCCACAAGCCCAACCCCUUCCUCAGAAGCCUAAAGAUGCUCCCAAAGCCGCUGAGAAGCCUAAGGAGGCUGAGAAGCCUAAGGCGGCCGAGAAGCCCAAAGAGGCUGAGAAGCCGAAACAGCCUGAAAAGCCCAAAGAAGCAGAGAAGCCUAAACAGUCUGAAAAACCAAAAGAUGCUGAGAAGCCGAAGCAACCCGAGAAGCCAAAAGAAUCCGCAGCUCCCAAACCCGCACCGGCGGCAGCAGGUCCAGGACCGCCACCACAAGCUGUGCCGAUGAUGCCCCAAGGGCAGCCCGUAGCCAUGUGUUGUGGGCCAUACUACGACGGUUAUGGAGGUGGGCCAGCGUUCAAUGGAUACGGAAUGCCACCACCGCAACCGUACGAGUGCUACGGACGACCAGUGUAUGAUAGCUGGGGAGGUGGCCCACCACCUUGUUACAGACCAUGCCCUCUCAACAGAUGCGAUUACUUCAGCGAAGAGAACCCACAAAGCUGCUCCAUCAUGUGAUGUGAUUCGUCCCCUUUUCACUCUUUUUAAAUCCUUAAUUUUUCUUCAAAUCUUUCUUUUUUUAAUACAAAUAAUGAAAAGAAUAUAUAGAGAUAUUUACGUGUAAUGUUAUGAUAGGAGAAACGAAUAAGGAAUGAUCGUUGUAUUUUGUAAAUGGCAGCCAUUUCCAUUUUGGUUGUCCAUUUUGAAGCUGUAAACAUUAAAGAAAUAUUGUUUUAUUUUCCUAAAUAUAAACCAUUU